GGGACUGGGCUCAACCCAAGACGUGUGUGUGCAUUGUCGUGUGCAGUUACGUACAAAGCUUUUGCGAAGCAUAAUUUCCAAGUCACGCUUAGAAAGAGACUGUGAUUAUCAUGGUGAAAGCGUGGUUUAUGGAUUCCUCUGACACAGAUCAGAGACUGCCACAUCAGCUUGAUCCUCCUGAACCAGUAUCACUGGAAGAUUUGAAGAACUGUGGGGUAUUAUACUGGAAGAUAGAUGCUGAUAAUUAUGAGAAGGAAGGCAAACUGGCAAAGAUUCGGGAAGAACGAGGCUACAGUUAUGAUGACUGUAUCACAUGUACUCCAGAAAAGCUUCCAAACUAUGAGCAAAAGCUCAAGACGUUUUUUGAAGAGCAUCUUCACACAGAUGAAGAGAUCAGAUUUAUCCUGGACGGCAGUGGCUACUUUGACAUCAGGAAUCAGGAGGAUAAGUGGAUUCGCAUUUUUGUUGAAAAGGGUGACUUGAUCAUUCUACCAGCUGGCAUUUAUCACCGUUUCACUUUGGAUGACAAAGACUACAUAAAAGCAAUGCGUCUGUUCAUUGGUGAACCUGUGUGGACCCCUCAUAACAGGCCUUCAGAUGACAAUCCAGCUCGUCUUAAAUACCUUCAGAAUGUGCAGGCAGGAGUGUUUACCAAAGCCUAGGAACUCUGCAAGAAAGAAACGCACAUGGUGGCUUUUUUCCAAAAUAAUCGGGUCACUGCUGUCCUCUUGUAAGAUGGACAAACUCGCUGGUAAAAUUGGACUUAGUUCAGAAGCCAAAGUAGAAAUUUAAUCCGUGGGUUUUAACACAUGGAUAGUGGCAUGAAGCUUGGAAAAUAUAUAUAUAUUUUUUUACUAAUGGGCCUUGUUGUAAAAGAAGAGUUGGUGAAAACAUAGUCAUUGGAAAAUGAAAUCACAUGAUAAACAAUGAACUAGCCAGUACAAUGUCA